AUGAACAGCACACUGCCCAACACCUCCAUUAAGUGUAUCAGAGACACCAGUGUAACAGGAGUGGUUUUCCCUGGUCUAUACAGCAUCCUUUGCUUGGUCGCCUUGAUAAUGAACUCCCUUGCUGCAUGGAUCUUCUUCAAAAUUCCCAGUAAUUCAACAUUUGUGGUCUUUCUAAAAAAUGUGGUAGUGGCUGAUUUGCUGAUGACCUUGACCAUCCCUGUUAAAGCCUUGAGCGAUGCUGGUGUGGGUUCCUCGCAUCUACGUGCCUUUUCCUGCAGAUACUCCAGUGUCCUCUUCUACAUCACCAUGUACAUCAGCAUUUUGUUGCUGGGCCUCAUCAGCUUGGACCGGUACCUGAAGAUUGUCAAGCCCUUUGAGAAGUGUUUUCUGCAGCGGGUUCGUGUUGGACAGAUUCUGAGUGCAGCUGUUUGGGUGAUAAUGUUAUCGUUGGCUCUACCCAACGUUAUUCUCAGUGAUCAGCCACCAAAAGUCUCUGGAAACAACAGACUCAGGUGCUCCUCCAUGAAGGGCACCGCUGGUCUGAAGUGGCAUGAGGGAUUCAACUACUUCUGUCAGGUUGUAUUUUGGGGCACGUUUGCCUUGAUGCUCGUUUGCUACACAUUGAUCAGCAAGAAGGUCUACGAGUCCUACAAAGCCUCCAAGAGCAGAUACCAGGCUGCAAGUCGAAGAACCAAAGCGAAGGUGUUCGUAGUCGUGGGGGUGUUUUUUAUCUGCUUCGCCCCGUACCACUUUGUUCGCGUUCCUUACACUCUGACUCAAACCCGCAGCACAUCAAGUCACUGCCAAGCAGAGAAUGCAUUAUAUAUCGCCAAGGAAACCACACUGUGGCUGUCUACCACUAAUGUUUGCCUCGACCCACUGAUUUAUGUCUUCCUGUGCAAGGUGUUCAGGAGAAGACUGACAACCACUUUCUGCAAAACUGCUCUGGACUCUUUCAAAUCAACAUCAACACAAGCGGAUUCGUCUCAAAUGGAGCACAGUAUCAGACUGUCACUUAAUAACAUGUCCAAACGAUACAUAUCAGAGACUUCAGGAUGA